GAAUGGUCAUAGAUUCCGUGGCAGAUGUCUACGUACCUGGAAGCGAAUAUAUCCCAACAAAAUGGAAUCGACGAAUGUGGAUGCUUGAGAAGAGGCUAAGAAACAAACUGAAGUCAAUAAUUGAGAGCAAGCUAAGAACGGCAGAUCUUGGGGACUCUAAUCAUGAUUAUGGGGAAGAUCUACUUGGACUGAUGAUGGGAAUUUCAGAAGACUCUAAGAAGCAACAGGGCUCAAGCUUGACCGUUAAUGAGAUUAUAGAUGAAUGCAAGACAUUCUUCUUUGCUGGGCAUGAGACGACCUCAAAUCUGCUAACAUGGGCUAUGUUCUUUCUAGGAAAGGACCUUGAGUGGCAGAAGAGGCUCAGGGAAGAAGUUCUUUCCGUUUGUGGAAUUGGUGUCCCCGAUGCUGACAAGGUUUCUAAGCUAAAGCUGAUGAACAUGGUUCUUUAUGAAACUUUAAGGCUCUAUAGUCCAGUGAUCUUCACAGAGAGGAAGGCUGCCCAAGACAUUAAACUAGGAGAUUUGACCAUCCCAAAGGACACUGUGGUUACAUUCCCCUUCCCCAUUAUCCAUCGGAACAAGAAAUAUUGGGGUGAUGAUGCAGAUGAUUUUAAUCCACUGAGGUUUGCAGAUGGGUUCUCCAAGGCAGCAAAACACCCAAACGCUCUUAUUGCUUUCUCCAUGGGUCCUAGGGUGUGUAUCGGGCAAAAUUUUGCAAUGCUGGAGGCCAAGAUUGGGAUGGCUAUGAUCCUUCAAAGGUUUUUCUUCACUCUAUCCCCUAAUUACAAGCAUGCCCCAGUAAAUAACAUUCUUCUUCAACCUCAAUUUGGUGUCCCCAUCAUUCUGAAACCAAUACAUGCUUCUAACGCAUAAUUGUAAUGUGAUCCUUUCCACAUUUAGGUUGGAAAUACUCAUGGCUCCUAAGUUACCACCUACCUAUAUAUCCUAAUAAUAGGGUGAUUACAAUCCAAGUCAGUUUUAAGUGAAAUCAAGAUGGUCGUGUACAAUUUUCUUGCAUGAAUGACAUUUACAUCUUGUAUAUGACUCAGAAUACCUCAGUUGACUUUCCUGGUUGCAAACAACAUCGAUCUUCUCUUCUUUGUCAGUAAUAUAUAGCACCAGCGCCCCUUUCUUCUU